UUAUUUUUUAAUUUCAAAAAAUACAAUCACACCUGUUUCUUCUACUACACUCACUAGCGUUUGAUUAGUAGUCAGGUGUGUUAGUUAAGGGCUGUACCGGGAAGGCUGUUGGAGCUGAUGUUGAAAACCAGCGUGGAUCCUCCAGGAUCUGGAUGCGAUUCAAACUCGUGUGCUGGAAAUGGACGAGUCUGACAUGCAGUAUGAGGUAGAGAGACAGUUUCCCUACAGCCCUCAGGCAGGAUUGUUCUUCAGUAUGACCCAUGAAGAGAGAAUAGAUUCUGACAGGAGAUCAAUCUAUGUGGGAAACGUGGAUUAUGGAGCAACUGCAGAUGAAUUGGAGAUGUACUUUAACGGCUGUGGCCACGUAAACAGAGUUACAAUCCCGUAUAAUAGAUUCACAGGCCAUCCAAAAGGCUUCGCCUACAUUGAGUUCUCCGAGAGGGAGUCGGUGAGGACCGCCAUGACUUUAGAUGAAACCCUAUUCAGAGGGCGUGUCAUUAAGGUAUUGCCAAAAAGAACAAACAUCCCAGGUUUCAGGACUACAGAUUCGAACUUGCGUGGAGGCUGGUCCCGAGGACGGGGUUUCCGUGCCUCGAGAUUUUACAACCCAUUCAGAGGCUGCCACUUCAUUAGGGAAAAUGGACGAGCUCAUCCAUGGGUCGAUUCUUUUUGAUAUUCAUUUUUCUGUUAUCUUCAAAGCACUUCUUGGUGCUAAUUAAAGUACGUUUCAGUAGUUGUAUAAAGGGAGCUCAGUUUAGUAUUAUGAUUAUUUUGUAUGUGUGUUUGUAGCUUGUAUGACACUACAGAAAGCGGAGACUUGAUUUCUAUUGAGUGGUUACUGUUUUAUUUGUAUUUUAUACAAUUUCUUUAAAAUACCAUGCCUGUGGGAGGCUGAGAUGUCUUGUGAAUUUCAGUACUUUGUCUAUUUUUGCUUUUUUCAUGCUUGGACUUCAUCACUGUAAAUAAAAUCAAUAUUAUCACGA